UAACUUGAACUGUGCUAAAGUUGGAAACUGGCAGUCGGCGGACGAUGAAGCUUUGUGUGGGGGAGUGAGAGCGAAGGGAGAAUACCCUCACUCCGUCUAUCAUCUCAUCACCGGCUUCGUUCCUAAAGCACAAGACAGCUUCCAUCCCACCACCAACCAACACACACACACACACACACAAAUGACAGCUAGGGAAUACUGUCAAUAUUUUUAGCAUUCUGGAAAAUGUAUCUCUCAGCCGACUGCAGCUGAAAAACAGUCCUGUUGUCCCAGUCCGGCGGUCGCUACCACCAUGAACGUCAGCCCAGAGUCCAUUGCCAGUCCCAGCUCCUAUCAGAUCUGCAACAACUGUCAGAAAGUGCUCAGAAAAAAGGAAAAAGGAAUGCGAAUCCCUCGACCACUGACAAGCGGACCGAGUGCCUUCAUACCAGAAAAAGAGAUCCUGGAGGCGACUCCGGUGGACAUGCACACCAACCUGCUGCUGCUCGUGGGGGACUACUCCUCGUCGGGCCAGCUGAACCACCUCACCCAGGUCAUGGGGCUCCACCCCCAGUAUCUGGAGUCCUUCCUUCGCUGCCAGUUCUACUUGCUGAGGAUAGACGGGCCUCUGCCCCAGCACUACCGACACUAUAUAGCUAUCAUGGCUGCAGCCAGGCACCAGUGUUCGUUCCUGGUGAACAUGCAUGUGCAUGAGUUUCUACAGAUCGGCAUGUGUCUGGAGUGGCUCAACGGGCUGGAUUUCGCUCCACAGAGGCUGAGAAACUUGAACGAGAUCAACAAAAUCCUUGCACAUAGACCAUGGUUAAUCACUAAAGAGCACAUACAGAAGCUGGUGAAGACUGGUGAAAACAGCUGGUCUCUGGCAGAGCUGGUCCACGCCGUGGUCUUGCUGGCACACUUCCACGCCUUGGCGAGCUUUGUCUUCGGCAGUGGUAUCAACCCUGAGGUCGAUGCAGACGCCUCCAACCGCUUCCAGGACGUGUCUGUGAACAACUUCUGUGUCUGUGACCUGGCCAAUGACAACAACCUGGAGGACAGUCUCCUCCCCGGGAUGAUGGAUUCUGUGAGUGAGCUGGAGGCGUUAAUGGAUAGGAUGAAGAGACUCCAGGAGGAGGAAGAGGAGGCCUCGCAGGAGGAGAUGGCCACACGAUUCGAGAAGGAGAAGGAGGAGAGCCUCCUUGUCACCUCUGGAGCUUUUGAAGAUGAAAUUGUUCCAGUCUCCAACGUCUCCCGCUUUGUCAGUGACCCCGCUUUCGGGUACCAGGACUUUGCCAGACGAGGAGAAGACAACCUGCCGACAUUCAGAGCUCAGGAGUUCUCGUGGAAUGACCACGGCUUCUCUCUGGUGAACCGGCUGUAUUCUGACAUCGGCCACAUGCUUGAUGAAAAGUUCCGCACUGUCUCCAACCUAACCUACUACAACAUGGCCACCCAUGAGGACAUUGACACCACCAUGCUUCGGAGGGCGCUGUUUAAUUAUGUGCACUGCAUGUUCGGAAUUAAGUAUGAUGACUAUGAUUAUGGAGAAGUUAAUCAACUGCUUGAGCGGAGCCUGAAGGUUUUCAUAAAGACGGUCACUUGCUACCCUGAGAGAACGACCCGCCGUAUGUACGACAGUUACUGGCGCCAGUUUAGGCACUCUGAGAAGGUUCAUGUGAAUCUGCUGCUGAUGGAGGCACGCAUGCAGGCGGAGCUCCUCUACGCCCUUCGCGCCAUCACUCACUACAUGACCUGAGGCAAGGCAGUCUCCUCCCCUCAAACAAAUGACUCUUUAUCCAACUUUAUCGAUUGUUAGCGCUGAAGGAUCACAAGACAGUCCUGAAACCCCAGUGUCAAAACAUUUUGCCAUGUAUCCCGUGGCAAGUUAAAAGUGCAAUGUGUGUGUGUGUGUGUAUGUGUGUGUGAGUUUCUUGACUUUUACUAAACAGAGUGCUGAGAGACAAGCACUAAAUAUGCUAAGAACUUGUAUAAUAUUAUUUUCUCAUUUUAUAUAUAUAUAUAUAUAUAUAUAUAUAUAUAUAUAUAUAUAUAGAAAUAUAU